AUGCCAAGACUCACUCACGCACCAGUAUCUCCCGCUUCGCAUCAAACAUCGAUAUGUUUGGAUGCCAGAGAAGUUCGAGAAGCGCUCAAGCCGAUCUAUGCCGAGCUUGAAAAGAAUAUCACGGAAAGGAACAUGGAGGCAAUCUUCAAACACCUCCACACUGACUGUGUGGUUGUGCAAAAAAACAAGGAAGAGAUCGGUGCAAAAAUGAAGAAAUUUCUCGAAGAGCACCAACCGAAGAAUCUCAAGAGAUCGAACGCGACAUAUUGUGGUUGUGAAUGUUGCAUUUGUGUGUCUGUUGAGGUCGGUUUCGAUACGCCAAAAGGGCCGGCUAAAGUGGUUGAGCAUCACAUUUGGAAGAAGCAGA